AGUCCAUCUAACAUAUCAUUUCAAAGGUUAUAAUUUCAUUUAUUUACCUGUGAUGCCCGUGAUAUAAUCACAAAUUGUUAAUUUCAUUGAAAUUCUCACAAAACCACAAACAUAAUGUUAAUUGGUCUUCUACGGUUACAGAACGUCCACCAAUUCUGUAGACUAUCAGAAAGGAAUUUGUUUGCCGGCAUCCAUUUUGCAAUGAAUCGGAAUCGAUCCAACUUCAAUGACGGUCCACCGAGAAAACUGAAUCGGUUUAGUAAUCCUGGACCUAAUUACCCAUCAAACAUUUACGAACAACUCAGGGGCAAUGAUUGCGACCGUGGCAAUGGUUUCAAUCGUGGCAAUAAUUUUAACCGUGGCAAUGAUUUCAAUCGCGAUAAUUUCUAUGGCAAUGAUUUCAAUCGAGACAAUUUUCAUAGCAAUGAAUUUAGUCGUGACAAUUUCUGUCCACCGAAUUUCGACGGUAAUGGAUUCAAUAGGAACUGUGAACUGGGUGGGCCAUCAUCUCAAGCCCCACCGAAUUUCAAUAGGAACUGUGGACUGGGCGGACUGUCAUCACAAACUGACGCUGUCGGAGUUUUAUUGAAUGAGAUUCAAUCACUUCGCAGCUCGAUGAUCAAUUUUGAUGGUCCUCCACCUCCGCCGCCUCAAUCAGUCAAUUGUGGUGAAUUACGAGAAAGACAUCACGGAACGUUAGUGGAAAUUGAAGGCAAAGUGAAUCGUUCGAAAGGCAAAUUUCUAGAGUUGAAAGAUCAACAUGGAUGCAUACAAUGUGUUUCACCACCAGGGGACUCGAAUAUGGCUCAGAGAUUUUCAAAAAUACCUCUCGACGCUUACUGCACGGUCAUCGGAAUCGCAAAACGGCGUCCAGAUAAAUUGGUGAAUGAAUCAUUACCAACCGGUGCCGUCGAAGUACACGUCCAAGAAAUUGUAAAUGUGCGACCAAUUCGAGUGAGUCGCGAAGCAAGUUUUGGACAGAAACGUCAUUUCAGUACAUCGGCAGCUAGUUGUGAGCCCAGUAAAUCAACGGCAAUCACCAGCAAUGAAUACAAACGUGCCAAUGGAUCCGACAAUUUACUGCAACAUUUCAACAAUCGUGAACAUACGUCGGAUACACUGCGACCGAAUGACGCCAGCACUGUUGUUUCGUUAGUGGGAUGGAUUGAUUCGAAAAAGCGACAAAAUAAGAAAUUCCUUUACCUCAACGAUGGGUAUGGUAACAUUCAAGUCGUAGUUGGUACAGAAGAGCAAAAGAAAACGUACGAACGGCUGACUGAUAGUGACAUUAUUUUGGUGAAAGGGGUGGUGUUGGCCAGACCGAAAUCGUUUCAAAAUAAGAUGUCGAACAGUGGCGAUAUUGAGAUUUUAGCCGAGUCAAUCGAAAUAAUUGACCCGAAAGCAGAAUACACGGGACCGAAAAUUCAGAAAGCAUCAAGUGUCAAAGAAAACGUUCAAAUGGAUGAAGACAGCGAUCAAAAUAAUGAGUCCGAUAGCCGAGUGCCUUCAAUGCCUACUGUCAAUUCAUUUACAUCCCGUACGCACACAUGUGGCGAAUUAACCGAAAGCAACGUCGGCGAAAAGGUAACGUUGUGCGGCUGGUUAGAAUUCCAUCGAAUGAGUCGAUUUUUUACACUACGUGAUGGUUAUGGCCGUACGCAAAUCUACAUCCCGAACAAUAUGUCCAUCGAUUUGGGAAACAUUCCAUUCGAAUCGAUUCUAAGGAUCAACGGACUGGUUCUGGCUCGGCCAACAGCCAUGCGAAAUCCAGCCAUGGCAACCGGAGACAUUGAAGUGAAUUUAGAAUCAUUUGAAGUGCUGAACAAAGCCACGAAGAGUCUGCCAAUGAACGUCAGAGAUUUCAAUCGAGCCAAAGAGAAUUUGAGGAUGGAAUUCCGGUACAUUGACCUGCGAUUUCAGGAUAUGCAACGAAAUUUAAGACUGAGAUCUGCUGUUUUGAUGAAAAUGAGAGAGUAUUUGUGCAAUCGGGUUGGGUUCGUGGAGGUGGAAACGCCUACACUUUUCCGAAAGACUCCGGGCGGUGCACAGGAAUUUAUCGUUCCAACACAAAGACCCGGCAAAUUUUAUUCGCUUGUUCAGAGUCCGCAGCAAUUUAAGCAAAUGCUGAUGGCCGGUGCUAUCGAUCGUUAUUUCCAAAUAGCAAGGUGUUACCGUGACGAAACAGCACGUCCGGACCGUCAACCUGAAUUUACGCAGCUCGAUAUCGAACUUUCAUUUACCGAUCGUGAACACAUCAUGUCAUUAGUGGAAAAUAUCCUCGCAUUCGCUUUUCCAGACACACACAAGAUUUCCACACCGUUCGAACGAAUCACCUACGAUGAAGCAAUGGAAAAGUAUGGUAGCGACAAACCGGAUACCAGGUUCGGGAUGACGCUGAACAAUGUGACCUCAAUAAUUGGAACCAAUUCGAAUCUAACACAAAACGUUACGGACUUUGCCGCCUAUGCUAUUCCAUUCAAAUAUGAAUCGGGCCAACGAUUUCACGAUGAUUUGGCGAAAGACUACAACGGGUUUGUGAAAAACUUCCCCGGGAAAAUGUACAAUGCGAAAAUUAAAACGGAUGUGGCUGAAUGGGCGACAAAAAACAUUGGAUGUUUAAGUGAAGAAUCGGCAUUGUGUUUAGCAAAAGCACUGGGUGUCGGAAAAGGCGAUCGAAUAUUUAUAGCAUUCGGACCGAAAGAAAAGACGCAAAUUCUUAUGGGUCGUGUGCGACUGGCGAUACAAUCUGCGCUGGAAGUGUUAAAAAAAGUGCCAGCACGUACCAAUGACGAGUUAAAACUUCUAUGGGUCUAUGACUUUCCAAUGUUUUCACUGAACGAAUCCGGUCAACUAGAAAGUGUCCAUCAUCCAUUCACUGCCCCGCAUCCGGACGACAUUGACAUUUUGUAUCACUCGAAAAAUUAUACAAAAAUCCGAUCGCAAGCAUACGAUUUGGUAAUGAACGGUCAAGAAAUUGGCGGCGGAUCCAUUCGUAUCCAUCAAGCCGAUAUGCAACGGAAUGUCCUGAAGGAUAUUUUAAAUAUCGAACACAGUCAUCUGUCACAUUUAAUCGAAUCAUUGGACUCGGGCUGUCCACCACAUGGCGGCAUUGCAUUAGGUAUAGAUCGUUUGAUGGCGAUUCUGUGUGACACACAGUCGAUACGGGAUGUAAUUGCUUUCCCGAAAGGAUUGAACUAUACGGAUCCGUUGUCGAAGGCACCGGUUGCACUAAACGAAGACGAUUUGCGUUUAUAUCACAUUGAUGUGAGGAAGGAAUCGGACGAAAAAUUGCCGGAAAAUAAAGAUUGAGUGAGUUGAGCUGGGCUUGACAGCUCUUCUCGAGGUAUGUUCAAAUAAAUUCGUUUGGUACGAGUAGCUUUGAUGACUCUUAGCUAGUAGACAAUUGCGAUGUAACAAGUUGAAAGUUGUCAUCGAACACAAGGACGGUCGUUUUCUGUUUACCAAUAAAAAAAGUUGUGAUUUC